AUGACGUACGUGACGCUACGGUCCGACUUUGCGAAGUGCUCCGAGUACCGCCUGCUGGCGGUGGAGGCGGAUUGCGUGCGGCGCCUGAAGGAGAAGAUAGCCGUGCACGGGAAUGAGGAGGCCUCUACAAGGACAGGGAUGGAUGAAAACAGGACACUGCUUAUGAUGAAGGGCACGUCGAAUUUGUUACUUUGUGAUGAUGAACACACAUAUCGACUACGUCGUGUGGAAUACUCAAACACACUUCUUCUUGCCGAGAAGCGCCCGAUUUGUGACCGUAACAUUGAGGCGCUGACGCACACGCCUGUGCAAAACUCCAGUGCGCCGGUCGAUUUGGAGAAGAAAUGCAAAUACGUCGUUGUUAGAGCUGCAGAACGUCUUUUUGAGGCAAAACGAGCGUGUGUUUAUCGGGAUUUGUUGAAGCUGCUGAAAGAGAGUCCUGUCACUAUUGAGGAACUUGAGUCUGAGAACAGCGCACGGCCAUGCGAUUUGGCUGACGCCAGGAUGGCUCCACCCGACGGAGUUAUUUGCCAACAUUAUACAUUUCCACAGCUUGUGUCGAUGAGCCGAUGCAGUGCACGUGAGUUAUCAGAAAUACUUUCCGAAGCGGGCGCUAUUGCCUAUCGUGGGCGUGUUCGUCUGCUGCACCCGUCUCUUUUGCGUGAGGCGCUUCAGGCGGUUAUCGUCUUUGUGGAGUGUUGCGAGGAAGUCUCCUGGGGGGCGGUGGAGGAGCACUUUUGCCCUUCUGUGUAUCCGAGCAUUGUUAUCCGUGUCGUGCAGAAGAUGUACGGUGCACUGGAGCAGGCGGAGGGGAGAACAGGGGCGGUGGCGUUACUUCACGUACGAAAAGUGUUACAAACGCUGGCCGAAGCUGCCAUUUUGCUUCUCACGGCUCGAAGUGAAGAAGAACCGGAUCGUCAAUUCCAUAUGGACGAAAACUUUUUUUUUCCUUCGGUUGAAUUUGAAUCAUUUUAUAACACGUGGGUGGAAAGUAUUCCGAGUUCCUUUUUUGCAUCUGGUGUAAUACCGCCGCGAUCCGAGAAGGCAGCUCUCACAUCGUUGUUGAAUGACGUUGUUGUUGUUCGCGGAGCGUGUGGCGACUGCUACGCCGGCGCGACAGUUGUCUGGGCACCGCAGGAUGAGUUGUCUACCGACUUGUCGCAGCGAAUGGAGCAGUUGUUUGAGCUGAAUCCCGGACGGUGGGAGGUGGGUGCAUUGCGUGCAUACGUCGAACCGCUGCUGGAUCCCGGUGUGGUGUUUGAGCAGGUGGUGCACCGGCAUGCGAAGGAGUUCCGCGCACCAAACCAGCCACUCCGGUACGGCAGACUCGUUUGA